AACUGAAACUGAAUUGUUCGGUCUGACGAUUUUUAAGAACCAAUCAGUCUUGAGUUUCAUAUAGCCGAAAUUUCAGAUAAACCCAAGAACCGACCGACUUUUUCGGUCUGACCAAUGCCCACCCCUAUCCAAAUCCUCCUGCUUGCAGUCCUGUGCAUUCCAUGCUGGGCUGAGUAGAGCAAAGUAGCCCGUUCCCCAACGGCCACUAGGCCAGUAAAUGAAACUUGCCGUUGCGCGGGAUCAAGGGUGCUCCUGGGGUCCAUGGGGGCCACGGGCGCUGCCGCGUACGCCUCGCUCUGCGCCACGCGGUCACCACGACGUGCGGCUGCUUCCCGCCGCUGAACGUGCGUCGUCGCCGACGGCAUGCUGCCGUUCGCCAUCGACGUAGCGGAGGAGCUCGGCGUGCCAGGAAUCUCCUUCCGCGCGGCGAGCGCGUGCAGCUUCCUGGCGUACCUGACCGUGCCCGAGCUCUUCGAGCACGCCGACCUCCCCUCCCCGGGCGGUGGCGGCCUCGACAAGCCGGUGCUGGAGAGCUUCGUCCGGCGACGGGACCUCCCGCGUCUGGAGGCCGCCGUCGAGGGCGUGCCGACGGUGUGCUGGCCGUGCAACAUCGACCAGAAAACCAACAGCGCCGGGCCGCCGGCUGGUGAGCGCCGUGUGGAGGACGGGGCUGGACAUGAAGGACGUGUGCGACAGGGCCGUCGUGGAGAGGAUGGUGAGGGAGGCCAUGGAGUCCGACGAGAUCAGGGGGGCGGUUUAUUUCAACAAAAAAAAAGAUCAGAGGGGCCGUGCGAGCUCUUGCGGAGCAGGUCAGGCGGGACAUGGCCGAGGCAGGUUCAUCUGCGACGGAGUUCCAGCGGCUCGUUGGGUUCAUAAGUGAGCUCAGCGCGUCGCCACCGCCGACACAGACUCCGGACCCAGGACUCUAAAGUGAAGAAGUGGAGAGCACUUACUUAGCAAUUAAGCGCAGUGUGCUAUAGUCUAUGCAAAAAUGAAUUCCCGCAGUCUGAAUUAGCAAUCUGCAUUUUGUUAUGAUUUUUAGGCUAAUCGCAAUGGAUUCUCUCUCUCUCUCUCUCUCUCUCUCUCUCUC